GCGUGCGACAAUUUCUUUCGCUUCUUCUCGAUGCGCGCGCGACGAUGCUGCUCGUGUGCCAGUCACGACGAUUCGCGCAAGAAGAAGUCGUGAGUCGAAGGUGCGCGACGCUCGGAUCACCUUUUGCCCUCUUUCUCUUCUCCCUUUUGCCCUCCCCUUCACCACCAUCCACCGCUAUCUCAUCAGCAGUGUGUUUCCCCAUCUCGUCGCCGUCACGCAACAUUCACCCUCCCGCACAGCCCUUCAUAAUGGCUCAAACCAACGCUGCUCGUGUUCCCCUGCCUGCCGGCCACUUCCUCUUCACCUCAGAGGCUGUUGGUGAGGGUCACCCCGACAAGAUUUGCGAUCAAGUGUCUGAUGCCAUCCUCGACGCUUGCUUGGAGCAGGACCCUUGGUCCAAGGUUGCCUGCGAGACUGCGACCAAGACCGGCAUGAUCAUGGUCUUUGGAGAGAUCACCACCAAGGCCCAGAUCGACUACCAAAAGGUCAUUCGCAACAAGAUCAAGGACAUUGGUUACGACCACAGCGACAAGGGUUUCGACUACAAGACUUGCAACGUGCUCGUCGCCAUCGAACAGCAAUCGCCAGACAUUGCUCAAGGUCUGGAUCACGGAAACUUGGAGUCGCACGGUGCUGGUGAUCAGGGAAUCAUGUUCGGAUACGCUACCGACGAGACGCCCGAGUUGAUGCCCUUGACCUUGAUGCUCUCCCACAAGCUCAACACGGCCAUGUCCGUUGCGCGUAGAGAUGGAAGCCUCGGCUGGCUCAGACCAGACUCCAAGACUCAGGUCACUGUGCAGUACAAGAAGGAUGGCGGCGCAGUCGUGCCUGUGCGCGUGGACACCGUCGUCAUCUCUACACAACAUGCAGAGGAGAUCUCUACAGAGGACCUCCGAAAGGAGAUUCUCGAAAAGAUCAUCAAGAAGGUCAUUCCCGCUGAGCUGCUCGAUGCACAGACCGUCUACCACAUUCAACCCUCUGGCCGCUUCGUCAUUGGUGGUCCUCAGGGAGACGCUGGUGUCACUGGCAGAAAGAUCAUCGUCGACACUUAUGGAGGCUGGGGCGCUCACGGAGGUGGUGCCUUUUCUGGCAAGGACUUUUCCAAGGUCGACCGUUCCGCUGCCUACUCUGCACGCUACGUCGCCAAGGCCAUCGUCAACGCUGGUCUCGCGCGUCGAGUUCUGGUGCAGUUCUCUUACGCUAUCGGUGUCGCUGAGCCGCUGUCGGUCUACGUCGACAGCUACGGAACCAGCUCCAAGACGGACGAAGAGCUCGUUGAGAUUGUGAGGAACAACUUUGACCUGCGUCCCGGUGUCAUGAUCAAGACGCUCGACUUGCAAAAGCCCAUCUACGCCAACACUGCCAGGGGUGGUCACUUUGGUCGUUCCGAGUUCGCUUGGGAGCAACCUAGGCAACUCAAGUUCUGAGGUUGCGGCACUCGAGUUCAGAGGUGCGGCACUCGAGCUCCGAGGUGCGACGGUAUUUUCUCUUCUGCUCUAGCCCGACUGGCUCUGACUGCUCGCCAAUCGAUUCAACACUCGCAUGGGCGAGUCGUCGGGGCAAAACGGCAAUCCCUUUUGAUACGCCUUCUUUGCGGGUGUCUGUCCCGCUUCCCUCCUCCGUGUCUUUUUCUGUUCUUUUUUGUUUACUUUCGCGUUCUCUCGUCCCUCUGCAAAAGGUCGUGGCUGCUCUAGCGCGCGCAUUCACGCACACACACACACACACACACACACACACACACAAACAUCUGUACUCCAUUGCAAUGUCACACGUCAACCGUGAGUGCGUGGGGGUGCGUUGUAAUGCUACG